AUGUUGAAUAUUGCUGGUGUUGCAGGACAUAACAUUGCUGCAGAUGAUGAGGUAAAAGAAUUAAUUGCAGUAGGUGUUUCAACAACAACAGAUGAAGAUGAACAAUCACUGCUCCUGCUUAGCCGUUGGAAAUGGUGGUUUUUAGUAGUAAUCAACGUAGCUAUACUCUUGAUGGGUCAAUCUGGUGCAGUCUUGCUAGGGAGAUUCUACUUUGACCAAGGAGGAAAAAGCAUAUGGAUGGCAACACUAGUACAAUCUGUGGCUUUUCCAAUCCUUUUCUUUCCACUUUUCUUCUUCCCUCACUCAGAAAACCUUUCUGUCACCACUGACCUCACCAUAAACUGUUCUACUCACACUGUCAUCAUGGUUUACAUCCUCUUGGGUACCCUAUUAGUUGGAGAUAACUUGAUGUACACAAUAGGGCUUCUAUACCUUCCUGUAUCUACUUACUCCCUUAUCUGUGCAUCCCAACUUGCUUUCAAUGCCAUAUUUUCCUUCUUUAUCAAUGCUCAAAAACUCACCUUGUUAGUACUUAACACAGUGGUUUUUCUCACCAUAUCAGCUUCACUUCUAGCAGUUCAUUCUGACUCCUCAGAGAAUGAAACGAUGAACGUUACCGGGAACAAACACAUGGUUGGUAUUUCGUGCACUAUCGGUGCAUCAGCUGGGUAUGCCCUUUUGCUGUGCCUGAUGCAGGUAUCAUUUGAAAGGGUGUUGAAGAGGGAAACAUUUUCUGUUGUCCUAGACAUGCAGAUUUGGACAUCUUUUGUUGCUUCAUGUGUUUGCAUAGUGGGAAUGUUUGCCAGUGGGGAAUGGCAGGGUUUGAAGGAUGAAAUGAGGAGAUUCAAAGCAGGAAGAGAGGUUUACAUUCUGACCCUUGUUGGAACUGCUUUGGCUUGGCAGAUUUGUUCUGUUGGAGUUGUGGGGUUGAUCUAUUUGGUGUCUUCGUUAUUCUCCAAUGUUAUGAGCAUGCUGAGCUUACCACUUGUUCCUGUUGCUGCAGUUCUUCUAUACCAUGAACAUAUCGAUGGUGUCAAGAUUGCGGCCAUUUUGUUGUCAAUCUUCGGUUUCAGUUCUUAUAUUUACCAAAAUUAUUUGGACGAUACCGAGUCCAAAGCACCAGCAGGAAUUCAUCAUACUGCUACCCCAGAAAUCUCCAUUUCCUGAUAGAUGUUGAAGAUGUUUAGUUUUUCACUACAGCUUUUGGCAAGAAGAAAUGAAUUUUUGAAAUUUCAAAGUUUGAUAUGUU